GCCCUCCCUCUCCGCCUCCCUCCCUCUCUGCCAGCCACGGUCUCGCCUGGUCCGCUUGCAGGAUUCGCCUCUCCGAGCCUUCCGGAUAUUUCACUACAGAGAUGGCUGCGAAUGUGUGUAGAUCAGUCCUUCUCUUGACCCGUAGCAGCGGACAUGUGGCCAGCGGGCUCCCCGCACUUGUUAUCUCGUCACAGCGGCACCAGCAGCGCAUGAGACCGGACCAGCCUGUCAGGAGAACACAUGUCCUGCGAUCAUCCUCCCGCUCUGCACUGUUCACCCAGCCUCCCACCAGCCUCUCAACCACCCUCUCAACCCAGGGUUGGAGUGGCGACCCCUCGUGGCAUGGCCAGAGGCUGCUGUGUACCUCAGCCACUCCAGAGGAGGUGACGGUGGUGUACCAGAAUGGACUGCCGGUGAUCUCAGUCAGUUUGCCGUCCCGGCGAGAGCGAUGCCAGUUCACUCUGAAGCCACUCAGUGACUGUGUUGGGGUGUUCCUCACACAGCUGCAGACCGAGGACAGGGGCAUCGACCGAGUAGCCAUCUACUCUACAGAUGGGGCGAGGGUAGCCUCUUCUACAGGGAUAGACAUCCUGCUGUUGGAUGACUUCAACCUGGUCAUCAACAACGUCAGGCACCUGGUUCGGCCGCCACGGAGAGAUCUGCUGGCCCAGGAGGAGGCAGAGCGUCUGAACGACGUUAAGUUCCUGGUUCAGCAGCUCUACACCACCCUGCGUAUAGAAGAGCAUCAGCUUAGUAAAGAGAAGGAACUGGUGGUGAGACUGGAGGACCUCAACUCACAGCUACGUCCUCUGGAGAAGGUAAGGGAGGAGCUGAGUCGUAAGGCGGAGCGUCGUACCACCUGGGUGCUGUGGGGGGGCGUGGCCUACAUGGCAACACAGUUUGGGAUCCUGGCGCGUCUCACCUGGUGGGAGUACUCCUGGGACAUCAUGGAGCCUGUCACCUACUUCAUUACCUACGCUACCGCCAUGGCUAUGUACUCCUACUACGUACUCACACGCCAGGAGUACAUCUACCCAGACGCCAGGGACAGACAGUACCUGCUGUUCUUCCACAAGGGGGUGAAGAGACAACGCUUUGACAUCCACAAGUACAACCUGCUGAAGGACUCUAUCUCUGAGGUGGAGUUAGAUCUGAAACGUCUGAGGGAUCCCCUCCAGCUCCAACUUCCUGUCCAGCAACUCACCGCCGCCAGCAAAGAUUGAUAUCCUCCCUUCCCUUAGUCCCUCCGUCCCUCCUUUCCUCACCUUCCCCUCUCUCUCGCCGUCCAUCCACCCUCCACCUUUACUUUCUCUCUCCUUUAGUGAACCUCCGUGGGACUUUCUCCUCUGUUUGUUCUCUUGGAUGAUAAUUGCAAGUAAAACCAUAUUAAGAGGAUUUUUGGCAACAAGAAAGAACAGACACUGAAUCCUUCUAGAGAGGUAGAUGAGGAAACUGGAAAUGCAACUCUAGGGGGACGUACAGGAAGUGAGACGCUACAGUGGGAGGAGCUACAGCUGAGGCGAGGCAUAGGAGGCAGACAGAUGGACACAUCUAUGAGCGUGUGUGACCUACUAUAUCUAUGGACUAGUUUGGCCCACUGUAAACAGACACACACCACUCCUGUGGGGCUUUGGGACGUCUAUGGAGGGACUGAACCCACUUUUACAAAGAUGGAUCUCCUCUAGCUCCUCCCCCUUACCUCUAACCUCUGCCCUCUGACACUCUGCAUGCACAGAGGACACGGCUGUGAUUGGACAGCGGUUCCUGUGUGAGCUCCAUGUGACCUUGAACUUUGACCUUGGCUGACCCCUCUUGUCUUGUCAGAAUGGCUGUGUCCGAACCCUGCCCCAUUUUGCCUCCAGGUCCCUCCCCCUCUGCCUGGCGGACAGCUACCCACCGAUCCCGUUGCUAUGACUACACGGAGCUUUAUCAAGAGCCCGUCAGCCUAUCACAGCCUUUACAGGAAGUGGACAGACGAGAGUUGAGGUCAGGUGACCAUGCCUCAUUUCCUCUUCCUGUUGUUGACUUCCUGUUGGGAUUGGAAGAGAAAAAGGAAAGGACUACAAACAUCACUGUGUGUUUUAUCUAAUAGUUUUAUUUUGAAAGCCAUACAUGUCUGUUAUGGAAAAUAAUAUACAAUCAAACAAAAUGGAAGAAGAGUGGGAGGAGCUCUCUUUUUAACAUCCAGGAAUUAAGUUGAUGUACCAUAUCGGCAUCUCUUUAUUAAAUAUCUCCGACAUACAGGACCCCCAUAUCAAUAGAACUGUCUCUCUCCAUCCAUCCCUCUCUCUCUCUCACCUCUCUCUCUCUCUCUCUCUCUCUCUCCAUCCCUCUCUCUCCAUCCCUCUCUCUCUUUCACCUCUCUCUCUCUCUCUCUCCAUCCCUCUCUCCAUCCCUCUCUCUCACCUCUCUCUCUCUCUCUCUCUCCAUCCCUCUCCAUCCAUCCAUCCCUCUCUCUCUCUCACCUCUCUCCCUCUCUCUCUCUCACCUCUCUCUCUCUCUCUCUCUCUCUCUCCAUCCCUCUCUCGCUCUCUCUCUCCAUCCCUCUCUCCAUCCCUCUCUCUCUCUCUCUCUCUAUCCAUCCCUCUCUCUCCAUCUCUCUCUCUCUCUCUCCAUCCCUCUCUCUCUCUCUCUCCAUCCCUCUCUCUCUCACCUCUCUCUCUCUCUCUCCAUCCCUCUCUCUCUCUCUCUCAUCCCUCUCUCUCUCUCCAUCCCUCUCUCACUCUCUCCAUCCCUCUCUCUCUCUCUCUCUGUCUCCUUCCCUGUCUCCUUCCCUGUCUCGCUCUCUCUCUCUCUCUCACACUCUCUCUCUGUCUCCUUCCCUCUCUCUCUCUCUCUCUCUCUCUCUCUCUCACACUCUCUCUCUUUCUCCUUCCCUCUCUCUCUCUCUCUCUCCAUCCCUCUCUCUCUCUCUCUCAUCCCUCUCUCUCUCUCUCUCCAUCCCUCUCUCUCUCUCUCUCCAUCCCUCUCUCUCUCUCUCUCUGUCUCCUUCCCUGUCUCCUUCCCUGUCUCGCUCUCUCUCUCUCUCUCUCUCUCUCUCUCUCACACUGUUAUCAUAACCAACAAGGCCCGCAUAGAUACAUGCGCGAGAGUAGAUGAGCUCGAAAGGAAUGAUUUCUGGCAGAGAGUUUCUUUGUAAAAGCACCAUAUCUCCCUUAGAGUUCUACUGACAUGUCCCACAAUUCAUACCCGACUACAUAUUCCACAGUGCCUCACUCACAUCAGCCCAAGAGAACGUUCUAGAACCCUCACAAACAACAAUAACAAUGUACCCUGUAGAACUCUCAUUAACAGCUGUAAACAUGUUCUAGAACCCUCACAGACAACAAUAACAAUGUACCCAGGUAGAACUCUCGUUAACAGCUGUAAACAUGUUCUAGAACCCUCACAGACAACAAUAACAAUGUACCCUGUAGAACUCUCGUUAACAGCUGUAAACAUGUUCUAGAACCCUCACAGACAACAAUAACAAUGUACCCUGUAGAACUCUCGUUAACAGCUGUAAACAUGUUCUAGAACCCUCACAGACAACAAUAACAAUGUACCCUGUAGAACUCUCGUUAACAACUGUAAACAUGUUCUAGAACCCUCACAGACAACAAUAACAAUGUACCCUGAAUAACUCUCGAAUCCUUGUGUGCACGAAUACUUGAAAGAAAUCUGGGCAUUAGUGAAAUAUUUGAUGGCAACUAAAAAAACUAAACAUGAAUUUGGGAUGUGACUGAACUGUACCAUUUCUAAAAUAUAUUCACCUUUCUACUACA